AUGUCUUUUUCCAAGGUUAACCAAGCUAACAAGGCGUCACCGGAAGUUCUCGCAAGUCAGGUUCAGUCAACACUAAGGCUCAAAGAACAAAUGUUUUGCGUCGAUGUGCAAACUUCAACGACGCUGUCUCAGUCCACUCGAGAGGACAUUUGGAACAUCUUCGAAACCAAUAUGCGAGACAUGUAUAAUUCGUCAUCGUUUGGCUGGGAUCCUCCUGAAAAGCAAGCGGAAUUGUUCCAUCCUCUAUCUCGGUUUCUUGUGGUCCACAAGAGCCAUUCAGUCGAGAACGUAGACGACGAGCGAGCCAAGGUCGAAGCCUAUGCCAUGUUUCGCUUUGAACGGGAAGAACGAGAAAAUGUGGUCUACUGCUACGAGUUGCAGGUAUCGCCGACGGCCCGACAGCUCGGACUUGGCAAAGCCUUGAUGCAGGAUUUGUCUAGGAUGGGUGCAGCGUGGGGCAUGAAGAAAGUGAUGUUGACCGUCUUCAAAGCGAAUGCCGACGCCUGUCGGUUUUACGAGCAUAUGGGGUUCACGAUGGACGAAACAUCUCCAGGGUUCGCCGAGGACGGAGACGAGUGGGUGGAUGAAGAGGAAGGAGACUACGUGAUCUUGUCCAAGCCGACGAGCGUGUGA